AUGCCUGCACGCGAUCGCUCAGUGGGGCGAAGCGUCCACAUCUAUGACUUAAAAGAUCCUCCUACCAAAAUUGGCGGCCUAAUCCUUCUGCCCGGUGUUACAAAUACAAACUUCUAUGCAAUGAUAGAGAUCAUUGUGAUAUUCGAGAGCCCCUUCUUUCUACAAGAUGAGAUCGAAGCGAAGAUUGAGAAAGACGACCAUCCGCUUCGACCUGGAAACUAUUACAUUGUUACUACUAAGCCUUUUCAGCUUAAUAACGAGCCAGCCAUUACCCGAACGAUUAGUCAAGCUACCGGAGACCGUGUUGAAGCCUUUCGAGAGGCUAUUCGUUCUCGAGAUCGUCAAUGUAUUAUAUCCGGAGAACCUGUACCUUCGAUCGGUGGGGUGGACUUCUGGGGUCGCUUUGAGGCAGCCCAUAUUUUCCCACUCGCUAAAGAAGAUUACUGGAGAGCUCAUAACUACGGUCGAUGGAUCACAAUUGAACCAGCACAAGGAGGAUCUAUCAACUCAGUCCAGAAUGGAAUAUUGCUCCGCUCUGAUAUGCAUCACGAAUUCGAUGCAUUUAAUAUCUCGAUUAACCCAGAUGAUAACUAUAAGGUCAUAGCCUUUUGUCCUAUUGGGGGAAAUAUUGAAGGCAGAUGUCUGGAUCGACAAUUAUUUACUCGUUCUAAUGCACCUAUCCAUCCGCUUCUACGUUGGCACUUCAGACAGGCUGUCCUGGUGAAUAUGAGGGGUGCUGGAGAGCCGAUCUUCGAACAUGACUUCCCACCCGGUUCUGAUAUCGUUGGUGAGGUUCUUCGGAGUCCGAAGCCAGGCGAAAGAAUGGAAUCUGAGCUAUUCAGCCGUCUCGGUGCUCAAACGGAGUUGUUUCCGUCGGAAGUGGGCAUUACGAGGGUGAGGAGGGAGGGGGAAGAAGGGGAAGAAGACCACCGAUGCAAUUCAUAG